AUGUGUUUGAGCAGGGGGACAACAGGAUUUGACUCAUUUGAGUGUUUUGCCUACUACAGGGAGAUAACAAAUGUGGUGACAGGAGAUAAGAUUCAAAUAAAAAGAGACAAAGACAAUGUAGACUCAAAAACUGGAGAACGGGAGACGGGAGACGGGAGACGGGAGACGGGAGAUGGGAGACGGGAGACGGGAGACGGGAGACGGGAGACGGGAGACGGGAGACGGGAGACGGGAGACGGGAGACGGGAGACGGGAGACGGGAGACGGGAGACGGGAGACGGGAGACGGGAGACGGGAGACGGGAGACGGGAGGAUGUAGGAGACAAUUGGGAGAUGGCUCAGCACCUUAAGAGGGCCUUACAAGGCAUUUUAACAGGCCAUUCUGAGGCACAGCGAGGCAAAACUCAACAUAAGGUCAUCAAAAGGGCCCUUAUAAGUGCCUUUUAA